AACAAGACGACUGCCAGGGUUAGCCGCCAGUCCUGUGUGCCUCUGGGCUGAGUCUCCCUCUGAGGGAGACAGACAUACUGACAGAGAAAAGUGAGCGAGGGACGAGAAAGGGAGAAAGUGACAGAACAGGAAAGAGGGCAGGCAGAAAAGACAGGAAUACCCAUUAGAAGAAGGAGAGACAGGCAAGAAUUGACAGAGGAAGAGGAGAAGUGAGAGUAAAGUCAAGUAUCACUCUCUCUCUCUUCUUCUCCUCGAAGUCAUGGCUGAGAACAACACAAAUCUCUUUCUGGAAAUACUUCAGUCUUUUGAUGCCGUCCCUCUGAUCAUAGCUUUCUGUGUGUCCAUGGCGGUGGGUCUGGUCUUGGGGGCCUUGGUUUACGUGAUUUUGACCUGGAUGUCCCGACGCAGAGCAGGCUCUGCCAGCAUCACCCGCCGCCCUCCUCGCCAAUCACGCACGCCUUCCCGCAACCGGCCAGGUUUCAACCGCAACAGCAGCUACGACCGGCGGAGCAACAACAGUUUGGUCAGUGCUGCUUUCAGCUUCCAUCGGCAGACUUCCUCCCCAGACCACCACGACCCACUGGGGCACAAAUCCAGCUUCAGGGCCUCCACCUUCCACCCUCUCCUCCAGUGCAGCCAAAUUGCAAGGGAGGCAGAGGAGGGGAGCCAGACCACGCUGCCUCGCACACCGACUCUGACCACGUCAACUGGAUCAGCUCAAACAGCAACUCAGCCAGCGGCCACCCCACCCAGACCAGAGUCAUUUUGGGGGAACAAUGGACUGAGGGGUUUCCACACUACACCGACCCCACCUCCAGCUUAUGAAAGCGUCAUUAGAGCAUAUCAGGAAACAUGCACCUGAGAGGAGUGAGAGUGAGAGCAUCAGGCUGACUCUUAACUAAAUGAGCCCAGAGUUGUAAAUGGAUUUACAAAUGAUGUUGGGCUAAAUCUGUAUUGAUUUAUAUGACCAGGUGGAUCAGAGUGGAGGCAGCAAGGACAUCAAGGUCAAUUGUGUGCGCUGCUCAACAAUAACGCUCUGAAACAACAAUAAGUUCUGUAUGAGUUUCUU